CAAAUAAAUUUCGAAAUAAUUUGCCGGUGCGUAGCAUAGAGUACUCUAUGGUGCGUAGGUAGCACGAUUAAAGAUAUCUUUAAUCGUGGUAGGUAGGCGCCAAUAAUUCAUAGAUAAUAUCUUAUUAACUUAUUGUCACGGACUAAGAUAUAUCUUAGUCCGUGCUUAUUGUAUCGCGCUGACCGGCAAGUGGCAGAUAAUUGAUAAUAUGUUAACACUUAACAUUUGUAUAUAAAAUAUAAUUAUUUUUAAUUGUAACUGUGACAAUGUAAAUUUUAUUUAAAUUACUAUAAUCAAUUAAUUUAUUGUAAGUUGUAAUGUAUGUAAAUUAACCAUCAAUUUAAUCGCUAUUCUGAUUAGAAAUUCAAUUAACCUUAACCGUACUCAAACGAAAUUUAAAUUUGAAUUUUAUACUCAUACUCAUAGAAUAUGGCUGACCCAUCAAUUCAAACGUUUUGUUGCCGUAGAGCACUUGAUUAUCAUCCAUCUUAUAAACUCAUGAACGAAUUCAAUACAGACCGUUUUAAUAUGGUGUGUUUACUGUCUUCAAUAAUAGGAAUAACUGGUGCAGCAUACCAGAUAUUACCAAAAAUCGAGCUAAAAGUUCCAAAUAGAUUUUAUUGCAAUAUCAUGCAGCGAGGAAAAUAUAUAAUAAUGUGGUUAGCAAUAGCAGAUGUCUGUGCAUCAUUGGGUAUACUUUUAAGGUCCUGCUUAAAAUUAAUGCAUCAUUUUCAAUGGUACGAUGGACAACCAUAUACAGUUUCUUGUAUAUUUUUAGCAGUUUGGAUACAGUACUUUUACAUUGUAACUUGGUUUUGGACUUUGUUGUAUGCUGUAGACAUGUGGAGAGCAUAUCAAGAUAAACAUUCAUGUAGAAAAUUAUAUCAUUUUGUUGCUUGGUCAAUUCCUGCCAUAUUUACAUUUAUUGGACUUUCUACUCUUUAUAGACCAAAUGCAAACUGUCACAAUUUGAGCCCUAAAGAAAAUGUUGUUAUGAAGUUUCUUCCAAAUUAUUUUUUUACAUUUUUGCCAGUCAUUGUUGUUAUGGUAGUCAAUCCAGUGCUAUAUUCUUUAUCCACUGGAUAUAUAUACCACAUAAUAACUUCAUACAUGGCCCAAUACUCUACAAAUGAACGGAAAAUGUUGGACUUAUUUAAACAGAGAUUUGCAUUAAUUAAUCUAGGAUUUUAUUUAUGUUGGGCACCCAAUUUAAUCAAUGCAAUAAUAGUAUGGACAUCUUGGGAUAAUCUACCAAAUGGAGUUAUGCUUAUACUUUGGUAUCUAAUGGCUAUUUUGAAUCCUAUGCAAGCGUUUUUCAACAGUUUUCUGUACAACUUACUUGAGCAUACUGAGCAAAUCUGUUGUAAAUGUUUUAGCACCCAAAAUAGAGUUCAGGAAAUAGUAGAAUGUAGACCUUUAUUAAUAGCUAAUGUAAAAGGUUCAGCAAAUUCAAAUGGUUAUGAAAUAAUUGAAUGAUUUAAUUUAACAAUUAAUAACUAAACCCAAACAAACAUUUGUUAAAAAAAUUAAAAAAUGUUCAAGACAUAAUUUGUAUUUAUACUAGAUAUUAAUUCUCUGCAUUUAUAAUUUUAAUAUGUAUUAUGUUUUUUUAUUGUACCAUAAAGGUAUAUCAAUAAUUUAUAGCUGUGAACAAAAUAUUUUUUUGUUAGGCAUUUCCAUUGUAUUAAUUAUUUAGUAUGUAUGUAAUUACUAUAUUUUUAACAAAUGCAUUUACUAUUUUAUUAUUGUAUUUAUACACCUCAGACUGACAAUAAGAUAUAUUAGCAUGUUAUUUUUUUUAAAUAUAUAUAUAGACAUAUAGUUGUGCAUCUUUAUUAUAUUUUAUAUAUUAGAAAAUGAAAAAAUAAUAAAUUUAAAAUAUGUUAUAUUCUUAUUUUAUUUUAUUUCUUGUUUAUACAUUUGAAUGUGUAUGUUUCUUUUGUAAUUUAAUUGAAUAAAAAUAUUUAACUGAA